CGGGAGCCUCAAAGCGUCGUAAGCAGAAGUUGCCGCCGCCGCCAAACCCCCUUCUCUCGCUCUCUUUUUACGCUGCAUUUCCAUCUCAAUAGCUCCCGCCGGUCUCCCACCCCUUUCCCUCCAGUCAUCUCCUGAACCGAGGCCGGCGCUGAGAGGAUCCCGAGACGGCUUGUGCUUGGGCCGGGGCUGCAGAGUACAACGCUGAGCCGAGCUUGCAAAGCGAGCGAGGAGAACGCCAAACAGAAGCGAACACAUGCCAAGAGCGUUUGGCAAACGGAGGAAUCUCUCUUUCUUUUGCCGCUCCCGCUGCAGCGCGCACAGCUCGGAUCUCACCCCCAAUCUCUCUGCAAGGCCGGGGGAGUGAUGGGGGGGCCAGGCGGCUGGCCCGCUCUGCCUCCCCCUCCCCCUCCUUCCAGGCCCCACCUCGAUCCCCAGCGCCUGUAGCGGCGGCGGGAGGCGGCGCGGCGUCUGUAGGUGCAUCGCAGAGGGCGAAGACAAGGUGCGCGGCGGCACCGGGCGCCCUUGCAUGGGGGCCCUUUGUCUGGCCGCCUUCCUGACCGCCGACCGCGGCAGGAGGAUGAGGGGGUGGCGGCCUCAGCGACAAGAGCAGCGUCGCCGGGGGCUGCGCCCUGGACCCCGAUGAGCCAGGACAAGCCCGCCGGGGCCAACGGCAAGCGGAGGAUGGCGGCGGCGGCGGCGAGGUUUUGCCUCUGGAAAGGCCCGCGGACCCGGGUGCCGGUGGGCGCCAGCGCCUUGGGCUUCUUUGUCCUCUGCUGGCUCUACAUCUUCCCCGUCUACCGGCUGCCGGACGAAAAGGAGAUCGUCCAAGGAGUUCUCCUGCAGCAAGGCAGACCCUGGCGGAGGAACCUCACCGCAGUCGCCGGCUUCAGGAAACUACUGAAAGACUGUUGUGACCCUGGUCAGUUCUUUGCGAUGACUAAAGAGAACUCUCCCGUGGGGAAGAAUCUCUGGUAUGAUGGCGAAUUUCUAUACUACUUCACCAUCGACAACAAAACCUUCUCCCUUUUCCCAAAGGCAACUCCGUUCCAGCUGCCAUUGAAGAAAUGCUCUGUGGUAGGAAAUGGUGGGAUUCUCAAGAAGAGCGGCUGUGGCAGACAAAUAGAUCAAGCGGACUUUGUCAUGCGAUGCAACCUUCCCCCUCUCUCCAGUGAAUAUGGCAAGGACGUGGGAUCCAAGACGCAGCUGGUAACUGCAAAUCCCAGCAUAAUUAUGAAGAGGUUCCAGAACCUUCUUUGGUCUCGAAAAGCCUUUGUGGACACCGUGAAAGUCUACAACUGGAGCUACAUCUGUAUGCCAGCCUUCUCCAUGAAAGCGGGGACAGAGCCCUCUCUCAGGGUCUACUAUACCCUAGCAGACGUUGGUGCCAGGCAAACAGUGAUUUUUGCCAACCCAAACUUCUUGCGCAACGUUGGAAAGUUUUGGAAGAGCAAAGGAAUUCAUGGAAAGCGGCUGUCAACGGGCCUCUUCUUGGUCAGUGCAGCCCUGGGUUUGUGCGAAGAAGUCACAAUUUAUGGCUUCUGGCCCUUUUCGGUGGACUUGCAUGGGAAGUUUAUCAGUCAUCAUUACUAUGAUAACGUCUUGCCGGAUUCGUGGUUCCAUGCUAUGCCUGAAGAAUUCUUACAACUAUGGUUUCUUCACAAAAGUGGUGUGUUGCGAAUGCAGCUGGAACGUUGUGAGGAUUCUUCAUUUCACUCUGAAGCGUGAGAAGUUCUGGGGGAGUUUGCCUGUCUCAUGUUCUGCCAAAUGAACAAACUGGGGGGGAAAGGGAGGGUGAGGGGGAAAAAAAACCCCAAACCCAACCUUGAAUGGAUUUGCAUGGAUUGCUUCAAUGAUAAUUGCUCCAUUGACAACUUGAAGGUGGAAUUAGAGCCUGUAUGUGCAGUGUUUUAUGAGACACCCGGCUGUUAACUCAGCAAAAUGGUGGGAUUUGACUGGGGAUUGCCAGUGUUGUGAUUCAAGGACAUUAAGGGGUUAAAGAGGGGUAGGGUCCAAAGGGCUUCUGCUGACUAUUUCGUGUUGCUCAGAUUUAAGACUGAUCACCCAUACAGUUGGGGAUAUGGUUUCUUUUUUGUUUCCUUGGUUUGUUUCCAAAUCUGGAUCUUGAAAGGUGCCUGGAGUCACCCAUCCUUGUUUCCUUCAAGUACUGAACAAGUCCUAGGAUGGUGCCAAUUUUUCUCCCCACCUUUUUUUUUUUAAAGAAAAUAACAUAACUCCUUUCAAUAGCAUUAUUCUCUGGUUCUUUUAGCACAAACUGGAGGACUUGUUUUUCCUUUUUGUAAAGAAACGCAAAUGUUUUUUAAGCAAAAUAUUUAUUUUUUGAUGAAAUGAUUGCUCGUUUUCCCCCACAUAGGCCUAUUACUGUAGAGUACAGUUGCUGUUGACAGUCAUGGUUGCUCCCAGUCAUAAAAGCAAGUCCCAUUCGAGCCUGCAAUAUAGAACUGGGCACAAUUCUGAGCUGGCCUCGUGAUAUCACAGUGUCAGGUAUCUGCACAAUGAUAAACAAGAAUCUGACCUAGUAGAUAGGCCCUUGGCAGUCAGCCCUGGUUUUUGUAGGAGCUUAACUCAAGCGAAAUUUGCAAUGUCUUAAAGUUAUGUGUUUCCAGUAUGGACCUCACUCUACAUUCCUUCACAUUUUGCGCUUAAGAGUCAGAGCUGAUAUUCAGACUUUGUGGAAGAACCAUAGCUCAGUGGAAGAGCACAUUCUUUGCUUAUGGAAGGUCCCAGGUCCAAUCUCUGGUCUGUCCAGAACAGAGGAUUGUAGGUAGCACUGGGGAAGAACCUGCUUGCCUGAGAACCAUGGUGGCCUGGGUCAGUAUAAAGCAGGUUCACAUGUACAAAUUUCACUUUAUAACUGUAAGUCUCCUUGAUUCAGGUCAAUGCUGUCUUAUUUUGACUGGGUUUGUAUGUAACCUGACCAUUGUCAAUUUCACUCUCCCUAUCUACCCUCUUGGAAAAUGACAGAGCUGAUCAAUCUAGUUUAAAACCAUCGCUUUGAACUGUGUAGGUGCACCGAGGAGCUAAAGGCCAAGAUGGAUGGUUUCCAAAUUUCAAGAUGUUGCACCAAUAUCUAUUGGACACAAACCACUAAUGAUGUCAGCUGUGCAUUUCCAGUUGCGAGUUUCCACUAUUUAUUUAUUUAUUUAUUUAUUUAUUUGUUGAAUUUCUAUACCGCCCGACUAGCAUGGCUCUCUGGGCGGUGUACAACAGAGGAAUAUAAAUAUACACAAUAAAAUCCAAUAAUUCGGUGCAAGGAACAUGUAUGUAGGCAUCCACAAAACUAAAAUCAGUUAAACAUAUUCCAAAAGGCAAAUAUUUCAGUGAUUUCUUCUUAUUGGAAAACAGCCAUGUCAAGGGUUCAGCAAACUAACAUGACUCACUAGAAUAAGCAGAGGGUUAGACAUUGCUGAGGGUAUUUCCACAAAAAGGCCCCAUCUAGAUUUAAAGCAGUAUUACAUCACUUUAAAC